AUGAAGAAGGCCGCUGUUCUUGCCGCGGCUGCUGCCCUCGCCGGCAGCGCGAGCGCCAGCCGCCACGGCCACCGCAACGUUCACCGCCAUCUUGCGAAGAAAGACCUCUCCACGGGUCUGGCUACCGCCGACGUCUGCGUGCCGACCUGCACGACCAUCUACAGCACCAUCUACGGCGAGGCGACCAUCCUGCCGCCGGCCGAGACGCCCAAGCCCUCGCCCUCGCCCGUUCCCGAGACCACUGCGGCCCCGGCUCCCCCGCCGAGUGAGCCCGCGACCGUGCCGACUCCAAUCGUCACGACCUGCGAGACCACGGGUGUGUACACUUUCCCGGCGACGACCAUCGUCCUGACCGAGACCGUGACCACCUGCGGCGCCAGCACGACCCAGGUGCCUUCGGGCACUCACACCCUGGGCGGUGUGACCACUAUCGUCGAGACCGCCACCGAGAUCGUAUGCCCCGUCGCCACGACCUCGACCGCCCCGAACGGUGUCGUCACCAGCUUCGUCACCGAGACGACCUAUGUGUGCCCGACCCCUGGCACCUACACCAUUGCCCCCAUCACGGUCACCGUCACCGAGCCCUCGGCCACUGUCGCCGUCCCGACCCUGACCACCUACGAGCCCGGCACCUACACCGCCCCGGCCGUCACCACCACUAUCACUGAGACCAACUACGUCUAUGUCUGCCCCUUCACUUCUGAGGGCGUCCCAGCUCCUUCUGAGCCGACCUCUGCCCCUGAGCCGGCUCCGCAGGCCAUCGAGGUCCCCAAGCCCGAGCCCGUCACCAGCCAGGCCCCUCCUCCUCCUGCCAAGACUUCUACCCCCAUCAGCUCUGGCGGCCCCAAGAAGCUGGGCGGUGGCAAGCACUGGGCCAUGACCUACACGCCCUUCCGUGAGGACGGCACCUGCAAGACGGCUGCCGAGGUCUCUUCCGAUGUCGCUGCUAUCGCUGGCGCCGGCUUCAAGACCCUGCGCGUCUACUCGACUGACUGCGAUACUCUGCCCAACGUCGGCGCUGCUGCCCGUGCCAACGGUCUGCGCAUGAUCGUCGGUAUCUUCAUCGGCGCUCCUGGCUGCGACAACGGCAACCCGACUGUCGCUGCUCAGAUCUCUGCCCUCAAGGAGUGGAAGCAGUGGGAUCUCGUUGACCUCUGCGUCGUCGGUAACGAGGCUCUCUUCAACGGCUUCUGCUCUGUCGACCAGCUGGCCGGCCUGAUUCAGCACGUGCGCAGCGAGCUCUCCUCGGUCGGCUACACCGGCCCCUUCACCACCACCGACGUCGUCUCCGCCUGGCUCAACAACGACGUCCAGCCCAUCUGCCAGGCCAUUGAUGUCGUCGCCUGCAACGCCCACGCCUACUUCAACGCCGGAACCCUGCCCAAGGACGCCGGCAAGUUCGUUGCCGGCCAGCUGGCUAUCGUCGAGAAGAUCUGCGGCAAGACCGGCUACAUCAUGGAGACCGGCUGGCCUAAGGCCGGCAACUGCAUCGGUGUCGCUUGCGCCGGCCCUGAGGAGCAGAGGACGGCCAUCCACAGCAUCGAGGAGGAGGUCGGCAGCAAGGCUGUCUUCUUCUCCUUCCGCGAUGACCCGUGGAAGGCUCCCGGUGCUUGCAACUGCGAGCAGCACUGGGGCUGCGGUGAUGUCUUCGGUGCAUAA